GUAGAGGGCUUCCUGCUGCAGAGCUGGACUCUCAAUCCUCCCUGAGCGUUUUUGCCUCAGACAAGAAGAAGAGAAGAAGCAACAGAGGACAAAACUACUGGAAUUUUUAAAAAGAAGAAGGAAUCUCCUGAAUGGCACUGGUGAAUGGGACCUGCAGCAGAAACAUGGAGAGGUCAGACCGUGAUAUGAAGGGAAAGUCCAAGAGGAAGAGGAGGAGGAGGUGUAAAGGCAAAGGACAAAGCAACAUGUUAUCAACCUUUAUCAGUCCCAUAAGACACUGGGAUACCGGACCAUCUUCAGCCGAGGAUGCAGACAAUUCAAGUACAAGCAGUUUGGAGGUGAAAGAGAAUCAGGAUGAUAAAAGCCAGGUGGACUGUGACCUCUUACGAAAGUAUCAUCCAUCAACUUUUUACACAAGUUUCCCAAAACAUGGACCAAGACCUCUGAAGAGGAAGUGGUCGCUGGUGGAUGGAAAAGACCGCCUGCUGUACCAAAGCCAUUUGACUUGUAAAAGAGCAGCCUGGGCUGUCACUCAGAAGAAUGCACUGGUGCAGCUGAAUGAGUUGCGACCUGGUCUGCGGUAUGAGCUUAUGUCAAAGACUGGCCCACUGCAUGCUCCAGUGUUUUCUGUAGGUGUGGAGGUAAAUGGUUUCCACUUUGAGGGUAGAGGACCAACAAAAAAGCAGGCCAAAAUGAGGGCAGCAGAACUAGCUCUGCAGUCAUUCAUCCAGUUCCCAAAUGCCUCCCAGGCUCACGCCACCAUGGGGACCUUCACCAGCACUCCUGCAGAUUUCACAGCAGAUGAACUGGACAUCCCUGAUGCAUUUCUCAAAGAGUUUGAGCCAUCGCUGCUUAAAAACUGUGAUCUCCUGCACUGCAACACAGCAGAAAAGCAAGUUUUCUCCAGCAUUUACAAGUACAGGCGACUUGUCCGACUCACACUGGACUUUUUCUCAACCAAUCCAAAAAGAAGACCCCUUAGCACCUCAUUCUCAGAGCACCUCAGCCCAGUGGCCCUGCUUAACGAGCUGCGACCAGGACUCAGGUACAUGUGCCUGACAGAGAGACUUCAUGGCAGGCCAAUGAGGAGUUUUGUCAUGGUGGUUAGGGUGGAAGGAAGGGUCUUUGAAGGAUGUGGUCACAGUAAAAGGCUGGCCAAGGCUCAGGCAGCCGAAGCUGCCCUGCAAUCUAUAUACAAUAUCAAUCUGGGACCAGAGAGGAAGAUCUUGGGCUUCCAGGGCAGCAGGACCCAACAUCAGCUACCUCAGUUCUUCGCAGAGUCGAUUUUCCACCUGGUGAGAGAGAAAUACACAGAGCUGACAGACAGUUCUUUUUCUACCUCACAAGCCCGCCACAAGGUCCUGGCAGGGGUUGUAAUGACCAGAGGAUUUGACCUCAGAUCAGCGCAAGUUGUGUCUCUGGCCACAGGGACUAAGUGUCUGGACUCGGACAAUGUAAGUGACCGAGGCAGUACACUCAGCGACUGCCACGCUGAAGUUGUCAGCCGGAGGGCGCUGGUUCGAUUCCUGUAUGCUCAGCUGGAGCAGCUACUCUGUAAGCCAGAAAACUGUGAGGAACAAUCGAUCUUCAUACCAAAUAAAGGUGAUGGCGGAAGUGGCUUCCGGCUGAGUGACGGCGUCCUCUUCCACAUGUACAUCAGCUCUUCACCGUGUGGAGAUGCUCGACUCAACUGCCCCUACGAGACCACAGCUGCAUAUCCCAGCAGGAGGUUCCACUGUCAACUCAGGGUGAAGGUGGACGGAGGCGAGGGGACGCUGCCCAUCACGACGCGAACAGCCAAUCAGAAGUGGGAUGGUGUGGCACCGGGUAAACCUCCUGUCACUAUGUCCUGCACAGACAAGAUGGCAAAGUGGAGCGCACUGGGCGUCCAGGGGGCUCUCCUGUCUCACCUGGUUGAGCCGGUUUACCUGCACAGCCUGACGGUAGGGACGCUCAGCCACACGGGUCACCUGGGCCGGGCCAUGGCACGCCGCCUUGCACCAGUCAAGCACCUGCCCUUUCCAUAUCGACGACAGCAGCUGCUGCUCGGCUGUCUGAGCAGCAGCGAGGUUCGGCCGACAGGGAAGGCCCCAAAUGUCAGCGUGAACUGGAGCUUUGGGGACGGAAGCCUGGAGGAGAUCAGCACCUCCACAGGAUGGAGGAGGGACUCAGGGACACCGUCACGGCUCUGCAGGCGCUCCAUGUUCGCCCGCUGGCAGAGACUGCACCAGCAGUUGAAUGGUGAAGAAGCCACUGCAGGGACAUAUUCUGGUUCCAAGAUGGCUGCCGGGCGCUACCAAAGGGCGAUGCAGCAGUUUACCAGUGCUCUACAGGGUGGAGGGCUGGGAACUUGGCUCAGAAAACCUUCAGAACUAGGACACUUCAACAUCAGUGUGUGAAAAACUCUGCGUUAAAGAUUGAAGAUGGUCAGAGUGAAGUUCAUGUAUGUUUUUCUUUGUGAGUGGAUAAGGUACAAAGAAUGUGAUGCUAAUUUGAGAAGAAAGUUCAUUUCACCUUAAUUUAUAAUAUCCUACUAGAAAUGAUUAAUUAACUGAUUAGACAGAAUUUUUCAUUAUGCAAAUGAGCUCAAAGUAUUCAGAAAAGUAAAUGAAAUGUAGGAAAAAGUUGGAGUCAGCUUCUUCGUGUGUAGCGUUUGCUUAAGUUACAUCAAAACUGCUAAUUUCAGCCCUGGAAGCUAAUGCUAGCUUGUAUGGCUAGUUUAAAUCUUAACAACCACAUUGCUAAAACCUCAUAGUAAUACUGAAGAUAUUUCAUUUCAGUGUUAGAGGUGAAUUUAACUAAUCAGUAAUUUUUACCUUGCAAAACAACUGCACAGUUAGAGCUGGAUGUGUAGAAAUGGGUUGAGUACAAAUAGUAAUAUUAAUAAUUAUAAUAACACUUGUCUGAUAUCAGGAACUUCUACAGCUAUGUAAUCUCCUCCCUGGUGAAAAGAACUACAGAGAACAUCAAUAAACUGGUGGCAAAAAUCCAAUCAGCUUAUUAGAAGUGGAGUCACGCACUGAAUCUGGUUGUAUUUAUUGACAAACGCAUACAAAUUUGUGAAUAAAAAAAAAAAAUUAAGGCUUAAUUUCAGAUGAUCUGUUGUGACUACAAGGCUAGCCAUUGGGGUAUUCAUCUUGGAAUAACUCUGGAUGCUAACAAAUGAGAAUAAAAGGAGGUUUUUCAUCUCUUUUCUUAUUGCAAACAUGGCCUAAAUGCUGCAUAGUCCCACAGGAAAUAGACUGAAAGACACUCCUAAAUGAGAAUGGGGGUCACGGGUUGUGUUGUGAAUAGUAUCAAAUACCCAAAGACAGUUGGACCCAUUCAUCCCAUUUUAUCUUGUGUAAUUUUUGUAUUUAUAUACUUGUAAGACACCUUCAAUGACAUAAUGUGAAGCCCCGGAUCAGCCUUUUGUAGUGAGAAUAAAAUGUCCUCACUUUCCAGUAGUGUCCUCACUUUUACAGUCUAAAACCCAUAUUGGUCCUCUCUUACUUAAGUUACUUAAAUGUAACAGGCCACAGAUUACUAGUUAUCCUGUUAAAGUUUCAGUUACUUGAAUAAAGUAAUUAUUAUAUUUUGGUUACUUACAAUACGAAGCACCAGAAUUAAUGUUUUAUUUUACGUAUAAACCUUUUCCUGGAAAGGAUAUAUGUAGCCCCUUUGUAAUCACCAACAUUUUGAUUAGUAACUGUAAUUUAAUAUUAUAUAUCCAUAUUUGUUUUUCAGUAACUGUAACUGAUCACAAUUUCCUUUGUUUGUACUAGUUAUAAUUACAUAUAACUAGUUACUCCUAACACUGGUCCUCACAAACUACAAUACAGAAGUACACACAAAAAAACUUGUUUUUGUCACUUAGGAGGACAUUACAUCUGCUUCUAUCAAUGCCAGGGUGAUUUAUCCUAACCUUACCAUUACAUGCCGAAUGCCAACCCAUACUCUAACCUUAACCAAAUACCAAGUCUUAACCCUUAAAAUUUAAUGGUUUUUGUUGAGGGGACUGGCAUUUUGUUACCCAACAGGAAGUGAGUCCCCACAAUGUGACUGUGAGCAGAUUUAUCUCCCCCAUAAUGUGGUAAAUACAAAAUACCUGACGACUGCAAAGCAAAAUUUGUUUUAUUAGUAACAACAGCUUCUGGUUUAUUUUACUUCUAUACUACAUGUCACAUUUUAAUUUUAUUCUUACUUGUUUGUGUUUGUUUAGUUUUUGUUUCAGUAAUGUACAUUUGGUGUAACUGUAUGUCUCACCUGGUUAAUUAUGUUGACGUUUUCACAUGUCAUGCAUUUUGAACAGCGCUGUAGAGUUCCAGAGUGUGUAUGAGGCCCUGGAGUGAAGGCGGGCUGCCAUCUAGAGGGAGACUAGAUGUGGAAUCUAGGUUUUAUUGAAAAAAGAAAUGUUUAUAAUUUAAGUUUUGUUUAGUGUUUAUAUUUUUUGGUCCUUUCUCCUUUUAUCCCUUAAGAUGAUUUAUUUGAUUAAAAAUAUCCCAAAGGCUUUUAUUUUCAAGGAGAAAAAAAAAGUAUUCUUGUUAGUUUAUGUUUUGGUGUUCAGUUAUAGAAAAGUCAUCUGAGGUAACAACUGCGUAAAAAGAGUAAUUUUACUGAAAGACUGGUGUUGAAUACUAUGUAAACUUUUAUUAGGUAUGCAGAAUGGAUGUAGUCUAUAUUGGUCAUGACUAUUUUUAUCACUGGGAAUAAAUGAUCUUAUUUGUGUUACUUUCUGUUUGUAUCACAUCAGAGUCAAAGCUUAACUUCUGUUGAUUGGGUGUGUGAAAAUGGCCUCUUUCAGGAGUGCUUCACACUGUCCAAAAAAAGGAUCUUAAUACUCUGUCUGGUGUCCUUGACAUGCACAAAAUAAAAACACUUUAAGCACACAUGCCACACAAGCUUAUUCAUGGACUUAGCUUACUGAGACAUGAUAGCAACUCCAGUUUUACACAGUCAGUGGAGGUUAAUAGAUGUUU